CUGAUGGAUGAGGAUCGCCAUGACUCGCCUCAAAGAUAUCCCGAAUGAGAUCCUCACGAGUAUCUUCACACAUCUCUCUGACAUCAACCACUCCAGCAUCUUUAACGUCACUCUCGUCAACAAGCAUUUCAAACAGCUCGCUAGUCCUCUUCGCGUCCGUCACUGGAGCGAUGAAGGAUACUACGGCUACUACGACGGCGAUUCGCCAUGUCCACCAAUCUCAAGACUAGCGCUCGAACUCUUGCGCCAUCCUGAAUACCGUCUACAAGUCAAGACUCUAUCGUUUUCAUACUUUCAAAGUAUUCAUGACCGCGACGCGGCUCGCGUUCCCAUGAAACCCGAUAACCUCCAAAUGCUUGCAUGGGCAGCUGAAGAAGUCGUUCCGACACUAGCAGAGUCCACAUACCUAUGUGCCCGAAUCCUUGAAGACAACGACGACGCCAUUGCUGUUCUCGUCCUGGCCUGGGCAACCAAUCUGACAAGCCUCAGCGUGACGAUUCCUUUCUUCGAUCCGACACCAGGAUAUGAUGAAGGCCCUCUUGUUCUGCGCUUUGCAAAACAACUGGCUCUUCGUUUUGACAGCAAAGACCUCAAACCAAGUGCACCGCUACCACUGGCAAAGCUUCGAGAGCUCGAGUUUCGACAUAAUAAUAUUGAAAGCAUUGUUGCGCUCAAGUACCUGACACCGUUUCUCUAUCUCCCAAAUCUCAAGGACCUCAAAACGUACAGACUUGGUGAUCAGGACUACAACGAUCUCGAGGACAGUGUUCAACGCUAUAUCAAAGACAGGUAUUGCAUGCCUUUUCCGAAGGGUACCUCGUCUAUUGAGUCUAUCACUAUCGAAGAGACAACCUUAUCGAGUAAUGGACUCUCAGACCUUCUCGGAUCUUGUAGCAGCUUAAGACAUUUCUACCUCCACUUCUCAUUCGACCUUGAUGAGAAUGAGCGCAGCUGGAUAACACUAGCUAGGAGCCUGUUUCAUCACGCUGCAUCUCUGGAGGAGUUGCAUCUGUGUGUUAAUAACUGUGAUGUUGAGUGGGUGGGAGAUGCUGUUGAUGAUGCGGCAGACGAUUCUAAGCCCAUUGAUUUCAAAGAUUGCUACCACCAUCUCACAGGCCUCAAGGUCCUCAGCGUUCCGAUGCCUCAUUUAUCCGGCCACGAACUAUGGGUUUAUUCAGGAUCUCGAGAGGAAAGUCCUGUGCGGUUGCCGGGAUCUAUCCAGCAUCUCAGGCUCUUGGACAUCAACUUGUGGUCUAACGCACGACGUCUUCCCGACCAUGAAAUCUCACCUUUCUUGGACUUUGUUCUUAAUCUCGUCAGGGAGACGGGACCACAGGGGCGAUUGAGAAAUCUUCAGACACUGGAUUGUUCCAAGGCACUUGUGGACGACCCGAUGAGGGAAAAGAUACAAGAAAUUAAGGAUCUGGCAGAAGAGCGUGGGGUCAAUGUUUUAAUUCGCUCAUAAAUAACUGAUAUUAACGGACGGACCAUUUGUAUAUGAGUGCGAAUAAAUUACAGGACAGAUUCAUUAUCUAUAUAGUUUAUAAUCUUACAAGCUGAGAACCAAGUCCUUCAACUUCUG